AUUAAACUAGCAAUCCAUAGCUUGUCGCAAUCUAAGGCGGGUUGUUUGUGUGGACAUUCGCGAAUGACGUGAAUUAUGUGGAGGUUUGAGCUUUAUGCUAAACUUUUUCAACUGAAAUUAAGCAAUUAUGAUAAGCAUCCAUGGGAACACGGAGUUGAACAACGGAUCUUGCAGGGAAUUGAUCGCCAUUCGACUCGUGAUGGGAAAACACGUUCAGGUCUCAUUGAUGUAGACGUAAUACGAGGUUCUGUUUUCGCCAAGGCUAAAACCGGGCAUGGUUGGAUGGCAGCUGUGCGUUGGGGCUUAUUGCGCGUAGCAUUCGCUCCUUUUUAUUGGAACUACUGGCGCAGUCAUACAUCCUUUCGUGUUGCUGUUUAUAUCAUGGUUCACUUUUUUCUACAGUUUUUACAAGUAGUAUUUUUCCUUCUGACGGACCCGCGGACUAGUAACAGCUCUCAGGACGAUUUACUUCUUCCUUGCUUAUUGGCUAUUUGUUUGGGUAUUCUUCAUGCACAUAUUACUGCUCCGCAUGGAAAAACUGGUUUAUAUUCGUCUUUUAUGGAUAACCCAAUGGCCAAUCAAUCUUUCAAAGAUAUUGGUGACCAUGGCUUGAAUUCAAAUUGUUGUCAAUACAAUCCGGACAAUUUAGUAAAUAAUAAAUUUAGUAGUGUACAGACUGUUAUGAAUAGACAUAGUGAGUAUGACCAUUCAUCUUGGUUUCCUGUACAGUCAACUACUUCAGAGCAUCACAAAUUUCCAGCCAAUAUUUACUCAGCGAAUCAUCAGUCAAAAAACGUAACAAAUCCCAACAAAGAACAUAUAAUCAAUACUUCAGAACAAUGUGGACAUUCAAGUAGUGGUUGUUUCGAAUGUUGCAAAACCUCUCAGUUAAUGGACAGAAAUUACGCAAAAGCACAACGAAAUAUACACUGGAGACCAUGUGAGAUGAAACCGAAAAAACCAUUAACUUCGUCCUAUAAGUUUUUAAAAACUCACAUCGACACUGAUUAUCAAGAUGACUGUUCUGAUAUAUACGGUCCAGGUGAUGAUACCCAACAUGAAUUAAAUGUCUCGGAUGUUACUCAUGGAACAGAUGGUCCACAGACUCCAUGUACAUUGGAUGAAGAAUGUGGACGAACUAAACUUCUUCAUAAUUCGCAGGUAUUAGAGCAUAGGUCGAGAGUAGUUCGAAGACGCAGACGUCACAAUAGUUACAAUUCAAAGCCUGGUAACUCGAGUCGUGGACACGAUGCAGAUGUAGAAGAGAGCGAAGGUGAACUUAUAACUGCCCCAUCUAGAAAAGAUGUUGGGGAGAUUGGUUUCAGUGAUCAAAUUGUGGAUGGUCUGAAUCCUGAAUUCAUUCAACAGUUACGAUUAAAAGGAGGUGUUGGUUCAGAUAACCAUUUUGAGUCUCCUAAUUCAGAUAUAAACCCAAAUUUCACAAUUCUACGUACGAUAAAACAAGUAUGUGAAUCUCCAUUCAAAUCUUCAAAUUUACAUACGUCUGCCAAAUUACCAAAUACUCUGGGUGAUUUUUCAGCCAAUACUGAGUCUUCAAAUAAUGUAAGUGUUUCGAAAACACAACCUAUCAGUGAUUCUCCUAUCCCACUGAAGACCGAUCAAUUCUCUGAACUUGAAUGUCUUCCACCUCAUCUGUCUCAUGUUUCUUCUUUAAGUAGUUCUUUUGAUUCUUUCAUUGGAUCUAGUCGCCGUUCAUUAAAACGUUCAUUAUCGAUGAGCUUUCCAGUGCAUAGUAAAAAUACUACGACUAAUAUGUUUCUAAAUAAUAAUCUAAUGUUGAAAAAAUCAUUCUCUGAUGGGUUAUUAAAUUGUUCAAUGAACUUUGAUUCGUCACAGUGUCAUCUAUUCGAUAAUGAAUUACUUGACGCAUUGAAGUCACCGUUUCAACAAAAGAGAGAUUUUCGAUCCAACUACAAUAAUACAAAGGGUCAGGUUAGAGAAGUUUUAAAGUUAUGUUCAAAUCGACGAAAUCGUUUGAGCAGUGAAAAUAUUUCAUAUCGUAAAAUAUCAUUAUCAUCGCAUUCUUCGGGAGCUGCAGAGUCGUCCACUAAUUCUGCUCGAUCUUUCAGUUCUGUGAGAAAGUUCCCAAAAGGAAAUGGUCACAUUUUUGAAUUGGAAUCCGUACAUGAUGUUGGUGCAGAAUUGACAGCCAAUCCAAAAUGUGGUCGGUCUAGUGUUGACAAAAAUUUAUACAGGAAGACAUAUUCCAGUUACACUGAUAUAUUUAAAUCUCAACUGAUUGAAGACAUGAAACCUACUGUUCAACCAGUUGAGUUAUCUAAAGAAUCCCAAAAGUUGAAUGAAGUGAACGAAAAACGUGACUUACUACAAGAUAAUUAUGGUCAUUCGGAAUUUAAGAAUAAGUCUUAUGAAUGUAUUAAUAAAGAUGAUACCAUUACCGUGUUUAAUCGACAACGUGCUAAAUAUUUACGCUUGUUUUUACAACGUGCCUUUCACCCACAACAUCCACGUGUUGUUAUAAAUUCUAAUCACACUGAUACAGAUAUGCUUGAGCCAGAUUCUGUUGUAUUAAAUAGUAAAUGGUCAAAUGAAAAUUCGAAAUAUUCGGGUAAAUAUGUCCAUUCAUCUAAAAAUCCUGAUAUUAAUUUUAAACUAUCGAAUCAACGUAUAUCGUCGUUGAAUUCUACAAACAAAAGUUGUUUAAAAUCAACUCCACCGAAAGUAUUUUACAAUUGGUUUGAGGCUAAUUCUUUAUCUGGAAAUAUUAAUGAUCGUUCACAAACAACACCAACAACGGAUGUUACAAAUUCACAAGAUGCAGUUACUCAUUCUUCUAAACGACACAUGAAACAGUAUAUUGGUCCUGCCAACAGUUUUGUCCGUAAUGUGUAUUCGCAUUCACAUUAUUUUUCAAAAAAUGAAUCACAAGAUACAAAUAUGAAUGGUCGAGGUCAAACAGCUUCGGAAACUGAAUACUUUGAUCGGAUCAAUAGCGAUUUGGGGAGUGAUGCUGAUUCUUCAUCUUGUCCAGAUGAAGUAGAGUCUCCAUCUCAACCUCGUGAAAAUGAACUACGAAACUGGCAACACUCAAAUUCCGUGCUAGAUGUGAAUCCAGACGGAGCUGAGAAAUUUCAAACAGUUAAUAAAAAACACGUAUCAGGCCGAUCUGAUUAUCAUUCUUGCAUUAGUAAGCAUUAUUGUACAGAAUGUUCUUCACAUCUUAAUGUUUUUCUAUCACCAACCACUGAUUCGGGACAAAUGAAUAGUUUCGACAAUCUCAAAGGUGUCAUGAAUAAUCAAAAGCCUACUGAAUCUCAUGAAUUGUAUGAAUCACUACAAUCUGUAAAUGCCAAUGGGAAAAAUGAAUCUUUAUCGAAUGUUUGUGAAGAAAUUCUACAUUCAAUAGACUUUGAAGUAAAAGAAAAACUGUUAGAUAACCAAAUGACCAAGAAAAAUCUUAGUAAUAUUCAAAUUAAUUCUCAUUUAAAAAGAGAUUCAAAUAGUCGUGAGAAUUCAUUACCUUCAAAAGUUGAUACUGUUCGUUGUUAUAUGUGGGCUGGACAGAAACUGUCGAAAUUCAAUUUAUCCAUGUUAGAUAUUGGGAAGAAUGUGAUAUAUGCUGUUGAAAGACAAAGUAUUUCAUCAGAUUACAUUAUAUUCGCUUGUGUUGCAACAUUUGUACUACCACUCAUAUCUGUUAUAUUUCAUUCAACUAACUCAUCAAAUAUACUGGAUAAUAAUAAUAAUAACAGUAAUGAUAAUAGUAAUCAAUAUCAAUCAUUAUUUAUAACAACAGAAGGUACGCUGUUAUUUUUUGGCAAUAAUUCAAUGAAUCGAACAUUCAUUAUUAACAAUGCUGUUUUUGGAGACACUGUUAUUGGGUUAUAUUUACAUGCUAUAUUAAGUUUAUUUGGUCAUUUAUUUUCGACUGUUGCUAUAAAAAUCCAUAAUACACUGAUUGAUACGAAUUUGCAAACUUAUUGUUGUUCGCAACCUUAUUGUAUCGUAUUCUGGAAUAUUGUGACUGGUCAAUUUUUAAUGGAUUGGUUUUCAAAACCAGAUGUACAAGGGCGUUUGGUUAUUUUGAUUGGAUGUAUAUUACGCUUCAAUGUUUACGGCACUGUAUUCUUUCUUCUAUGUAUUGCUGAGCGUACAUUUCAAGAGCGUUUGCUUUACGCCAAAUAUUUCUUUUCUUUAACAUCCGGCCGUCGUGCUUUAAAAUAUCGUGUACCGCAAUUUCGUUUAAAUAAAGUUGGUCAUAUAAAAUGCUGGUUAAUGCUUCGAUCGUAUCUGAAAAAACGUGGUCCACAACGCUCAGUUGAGCAUAUUAUGACGAUUGCAUUUUAUAUUGUUUUUACACUUGGUCUUAGUUUAUGCGCUCAACUUCUUUCAAAAAGUCGUAUGAGUGUUUUCACUCACUUAACCAAUUGGGAUAUUUUGGGUCUUUCUUUUGGGAUUAUUGUAUUUCUUUAUCGAUACAUUUUACUUGGUACAAAAAUUACAAAGAAAUACCGUAACUUCUCAGUACUUAUCACUGAACAAAUUAAUUUAUAUUUAAGUAUGGAGAGUAAACCACAUAAAAAAGAUGAUUUAAUGCUUACAUUUCAAGUUCUACGUUUAGUUGAAGGUCUACUAAAAGAAGUUGAUGGUCCAUUUCGUGUUUGUGGUUGGACAUUAAAUCCAUUAGUGUAUAAUGUAUUUAAAUUAGUUUUACUUUCUUGUGUAUCCACUUUACUAUCUGAGUCAUUGGGCUUUAAAUUAAAAUUAUACAAAUUAAAAUUAAAUCCAUCCAAUUGGUAGAACGAUUAGAUAAUAAAAAAUUGAUGAAAAAAUAAACGUAGAGCCAUAAACAAACAAACAAAAAAGCAUCAUAACUAUCUAUCGAAUAACUAUUUCGCUGUCUAGUUCUUUUUCCCAAUUUUUCUUGUAAUCAAUUUAGAAAAAAAAAUAGUUACCUCACUUACUUAUUGUUCACAUUAUGUUAGUUUCAAUCACUGUAAAUUGUCAAUUUCACAUUCAUUCAAAUAGAAAUUCAAAUAAACUAUUGUGUUUAUUUAUUUAUUCUCAUACAACAAAAAAAUAGUAAGAAUAAUUAAGAAAAUAUGUACUAUUCACUUUCUUGUUAAAUGAUUUAAUUAAUUUGUUACUAAAUCAAUAUAAUAUGUCAGUAUCAAUGUAAUCAGAUAAACAAAUACCAAUUUUGAUUUUAUUGUUCUACAAAAUAAAUAAAACUAUUAAUUAAUUUAUUUUAAUUGUAGUGCUAAUUCUACUUUUCUUUUAAUUUAUUACAAUAGUAGUCAUACAUGAACUCUUUGUAAUUUGUUGAUUAAAUCAAUGCACGCUUAAAAUUAUACGCUUUUGUUGUUACCACUUUAUUACAACUAAGGUUAUUUAUUCAUUAGAAAGUUUUUCGGCUAUUAUUGUUUCAAGUGUGUGUAUGUAUGUACAUUUCAUGGUCGCAACUAAAAGUCAAUAUUUUACACGAUAUAUAUAUAUCAUACUGUAAACAGGAAAAAUGAGCUUCAUGAAAAUAAACUUGAGAAGAAAAUCUUUGUUGCUAUUUUCCCUAACUACGAAUUUGCUUUAAUAAUUCCUUUUAUUUUCUGUAACUAUGUGUUCAUAGUGUAGAAAAACUUGAUAGAUCUAUGUUAAUUGUGUAAUAUAUUUUUUCUCAGCCUUAAUUUUUAUGAUUUCCUGUGCAUAUACUGGAAUUAAAAAAUCAUUGUUUUAAAGUGUGAAUUAUUUUAUUCUAAGUAUUUUGUCAAGUUUGUUUUUCUAAUUGUUUUUUUAAAAAAAAAUAAAUUGAAUACAUUCUGUUUUGAAUAGUGCUAUACGGAAACGAUAAAAUUAAAGCUAUGCAAAACAUCAAUGAGCAUCUUGCAUAUGUGCUACUAUUCAGUAAAAUGUGAUGAUACAAAUUUUUUUAAAAUCUUAUAUUCAUUUAACAGAUUAUUAAAUGAGUGUAUAUUGUCGUUUCUCUUGUUCGUUACUUCUUUUUUUGUAAACUAUUCUAUUUUUUGUCUUUGUUUUUGUAACCAAGUCAUAAUUCAUUAAAAAUAUUGUCAUUAUCAAUGUUAGUAUCAUUAUUGAGCGAUAUUAUUUCUAAAUGCCAGUAGCUCUUAUUACGUAUAAAGUUUGCAGUAAUAAAUAAAGGCAUAGCAACCAAGAUUUACAUUAUAUAUUACAGUUUUGUUCCAUUUUUAAUAGUUCAUUUUGUUUGCAUAACAAAGUAUUACAUCUCAAUUUCAAUAGUAUUGAUGAUCAUGAUAAUUUUCUUUUCUUUCUUCAUUAUUUUCUUUGUUGUUUGAUUUCGGUUGUGUGUAUUUUGAAUAAUAUAUGCUUUGUAAGUUAUUCCAUUAAUUUUUCUGUUAAUGAACAAUAAACUAACGCUUUGGUACACAU